AUGAGUGCAAUUAUAAUUCCGGAGCACGUGUUGUUCCGCAUCUUUAAAUACAUGGACCCAAUUACACUCCUUAAACUCCGUAAGAUCAAUAAGUACCUAAAAGAGUUGAUCGAACAGGAUUUCGGUAUUUGGCGUCGAUUGAUUCUAAAAACUUCGGAAAUAACACCGUGGAAGGAUCAACUGAUAAAUCUUCGCUAUCCUUACAUAAAAAGUGAAAAUUACAAUAGUUUGACUAGCGAAGAAUAUCAAGAGUUAUUUUUCGAAUUUAUAAAAUUGUCCCGGGCAAAAAAUGUCUUUUGUGUCAAUAAAUUAUCGGUAAUUCAUCCAUCAAUUAAAAAGGAAAACGAGAUAUUCUUCGACGCACGUGGAAAUUAUUUCGGGUAUUUUAGUAGAACAAGUAAUUAUUUAGCUCUCUUUCGUUUGGAUACUAGUGAAAUGUUGAUAGAGCCCGUUAAUAUUUUCAAAUACGCGAACGCUCAAGUUGCGGAUCCUGAUGGAAGGUGGCUCGUGCAACAAUUCAUGAUGUGGUGUCCAAAUGAGGGCUUAGUGAUAUUAGACGCUUUACAACGACGUCGUAUGAAGACGCCAACUCUUAUUUCUGUAAUGCCAAUUACUUCUCCGCAUGGACAUUUUACUUUCUUUAAUCUCGUGAAUAAUUCGAGCGGUGAUGAUAUCUACACACUAAUGCCUAUUGAAGAUACAUUGUAUCAUAUAGUGAGGUUAAGAUGGGCGACAAAAUCUCAAAAUUUGGUCGCCGAGAGUGUUGUUUUAUUCGAAUCUCCGAGCGGAUUUUUAGGCAUGACACCUAUGUCUAAAGUUUCGCUUAUUUACAAAUACCAAAACAAGGAUGUAUUAUACCAAGCUAAGGUUCCGGAAACAAUAAUAAGCCCCAUACGGAUUAGUAGGAAUUCCGGGAUCGAAAUAUUCAUGAAUAACGAAAACAGAACUUUCAAUAUUAAUGCCCACAAUUCUCAAAUUUUCACAGUUAUAGAUCAAACAAGCAUUGUAAAAGUUUACAGGCUUAAAAAUCCAAUGCAUUUACUUCAUCUCACCUUUGACGACCCUCCAAAUUUAAAGUUAACGCUUGAAACUGAUAUAAAUUUUGAAAAUCUUCAAUAUAUUAAAAUCGCAUUAAAAAAUGACAAAUUAUGUCUAAUAUGUUUGGAAAGACACGAAAUAAAUGCUGAUCAUCAACAUCGUCAUAAUUUCUUCGAUAUAGUAUAG